AUGUUGCCGAUUCUAGGCAUUCUAUUACUGUCCCAGCUAUGUUAUGGUCAUGAUGCGGUUACCUCCAGUCCUCGGCUAGCCUGUAACUCCACUUAUCUGUGUUCAGAAGCGGACCGUCAGCUAUGGCUUCAGAAGCGCGACCAAGCCAAAAGAAUUCGAAGACUUAUCGAGAUCAGCAAGAUUGGUGCAUAUGUUUUGAAGUAGGUUUUUCACUGUUUUUUGGAACGAUUUGCCACAAAAAAGGAAAACAUUUUUUUGUCGAUUCUAAUAUUGAUUUCUGUCAAUGACGGUUUAUAUGUAUUCAUCAAUUCUUGUGAAUAAAGGCGUAAUUUGCACGGAUUUACAAUACUUUUGACAAAAAAUAUAAGCUAUUUUUAUUGUUUGAAUAUUUAGAGAGAAUCUGAAUGUCUUGGAAGCCAGAAACCAGCUUUGUGCCGACAUAAACACAGGCGGCUUCUUGUUCAACAACGAAUCGGACCAUUGGCCGAUGGCUUGUCUGUCUGUUGGCAACUCUCACAACUCGACUUGUUCUCCAGCUCCACCAAUGGACGAGGUGUUCAACUACAUGAAGGCUUCACAAUGGAGGGAUCUGUUACGGGUAAGUCUACUACAAUAUAAUUCUAGGUAUUUCCGGUUUUGUGCAAUAUGCUUGGUUGAAUACAAUCAUAUUGUACAACAAAAACAAAACAAUGCUUUUUAUGGCAGUAAACGUAAUUUUGUAAAAGAUCUUUUUAAUAUUGUGGAUUCUAGAAUGCUAGACAGGAAAUGGGAUGUUCGGCUUCUGAAGUUGUGGCUGUUCAAGAAGUAAGUUAUUAUUAAUGUCAAUUUUACUUUGUAGCUUUAGGAAUGUGUUCUUAUUUUUGUUCAUAAUAUAGUAAAAUUAAUUUAUGUUAUGAAAGGUUUAAAUUUAGGUAACAAUUUAUUUUUGAAAAUUAUAUUUUGUUUAAAUUUCUCGGUUUUCUACUUCUUUUUAGCUGUUUUUACCUUUAAAAAGUCGAAAUAAGUAGUUUUCUAAUAACCUUUUCAUAUUAUAUUAUAAUUGACAAUACAUCCCAUGUUAUUAUUGCGUUACACUCUCUUAAUGAACCAAUUUAGGUGUCGGAACUGUACGUUUGUCGGGAGCGAUGCACUCACUCGGGAAUCGGCUACUUCCAGUCGCUGUUGAUCAUGCUGGGCGUCUUCAUGACUCUGAUCACACUCAACAUGAACUGA